AUACUCACAUUGUAUAUGGUGUAUUUUGUUAGUUUUGAUGUGAUGGAACCAACAGGAGAUUCUAAUAGUAGGUCACGGGACAUUGCUUCAUGGCCUAGCGUCGUUUCUCAUUACAUGUUGGAGUGUGUAUUGAAGCAGUACAAGAGUGGUAAGGGUGGAGAUAAUGGACUGAAAAAGGAGCAGUUCAUUGAAAUUGCCGACCAACUGAAGGAGAAAUUAUUUACUAGUUACGACUGUGAACAAGUGAGAAACCACUUCCGGAUUUGGAAGCAAAGGCUUAGAGCAUUGAGUGACCUACAGAAGCAAAGUGGAUUGGGUUGGAAUGCAUCUGAUAUGAGAUUUGAUGCUCCUCAACACUUCUGGAAUGAUUAUAGGAAAAAAGAACAAAAGUAUUGGAAGGAACAUAGUGUGCUCCCAAUUCACCUUGAAGUUGGAGCUUUGCUAAGGAAAGAGAUGGCAACUGGGAAUGAUUCAACAGUCCCCUCUGAAGCUGCCACUGAAGUUAUGAUGGACGUGACAGGUACUCAUGUUGAGGGAAUAGGGAACAAUGAUGGUGUUGACUAUGAACAUAUUGAAGAAGAAGAAAGUGUUCCUUCCACUCCCAUUGGUAGUACCAGUCGUUCGCGAGGAAGACCUCGUGGGUCCGUCAAUAGUGGCAGAGAAAAGAGGAAGAAGGGUGUAGCUGAAAAGGUGGUAAGUCCAUUGAAACAGAUUGCUAACUCAAUCGAGAAGAUGGUAAUGAGUGAAUCUCAGUCUGAAUUUGGGAGAGCCAUUAUAGAUGCUGUUGAUGCCAUUCCAGACCUCAAUUUUCAACAAAAGUUUAAGGCCAAGGAAUAUUUCAUGGCCAAGCGGAAUUCUGCCAUUAUCUUCUUGGGAACAAAAGUAGAAGAUAGGCGAAAUCUGCUUGAGAUGUACUUGCCAGAGAUUGAGAAGAAUUGAGGUGAUAAAAAUGACAUCGAAUAUAUCCGCUUGUGAUAUUGCAAAGUGUGAUUACUGUGGGAAAGGUUGCUCAGUUUUCACUUCUAAGUCAGGGUCACAUGUUGGAA